AUGACUGAUAAAGACUCUUCCACUCUCAAGGGCUAUGCCGACGAAGCUUCAGGCAAAAUCCAGUCCACCUUAGGCAACUUGACGGGCAACAAUGACCGCCAGGCAGAAGGCGACAUCCGCAAAGGUCAAGCCGAGAGCGAGCAGGAAGCCUCCCACACCAUCGGUAAAAUCGGGGGAUACAACGUCUCCAGCUCUGGUGGCAUGUCUCAAGAUGAUCCACGCCGUCAGCAAGGAAGCUGGGAUCAGACCGUCGGCUCCGGCAAAGAGGCCAUGGGCAAUGCCCUUGGCGUUGAAAGCUUGAAAAAGGAGGGAAGGGAGCAGAAUGCUAGGGGCCAAGGCACGGAGGCUGAGGGGCAGUUGAGUGAUUUUGGAAGUGGUAUUAAGGAUCGAGUGCAGGGAACUUUUGGCGGUGCUGCUGCUGGCUUGACUGGUGACCGUGAGGCUCAAACGCGCUAUCAGAAUCAGCAUGACGAUGGCAAGACGGCGCAGCGAAGCGCGGAGCAAGAUAUUCAGAGGCAGAACCAGUAG